AUGACGGAGACGGAAGCAGCGAUCGCAGCGGGCGCAGCCAGUGCGGCAGCAGCCAAUGCUGCCGCUGCUUCAUCGAACCCUUCCGAAGAACAAGAUCAGCUGCACGGCUGGCAUUUGUCCAAGAAAGAGGCGGAGCACGUUUCUGAGAUCUGGGACAUGUACAAACAUUUGCAAAUUACACCUCAACCUCCUGAAGUGAAUCCCUUCAAAGUUGAGCACUCUCACGGUUUUUUGGGUAACUACUACAGAGCUGCCUUGCCUGUGACACACGCAGAUAUCCAUGUCCCGGAUCCGCACUCCAUCGGGUUCAUUGGGAAAGAUGCCAACAGCCUGUCCGUGACCUUGCGCAACUUCAAACUCACUCAGAUUCACGAGGAUCAUCCGAGCGACCGCCAUGCUGCUGCCUCUUUGGUGGUGAAUGAAUUCCACCACUUCGUGAGGAAGUUGGCCAAAGAGAUGAACCCGUCCAACCAGGUCAUCUACGACAUCAACCAGCGGAUCAACUUGAUAGAGUGUUUCAUUACUCGUUGCAGUAUCUCUAUGCACAAAUAUCGGCCCUUUCUGGCUUUGAUGGUGAAACUGAAAGACGAGCUGCAACAAAUCAUGAACUUGUGGCCUGCAUUCAAAACACAGCAGAAGCUCCAGGAGCAGAUCAGAAAUGUGAAACUCCACGUGGAUGCCGCAUUGUUGCGCUUAUUGGGUUACAGCUUCUACGUACUGAAGUGCGAGACGGGAGACUUUUCAUUCGAUCCACAAGAUUGGCAUCCAGAAAUCAGAGACUCUGAAAGUGUCCACGACAAGAUCAUGCACUGGUUGCUCUUGCAAGAUCACGUCUACAAUGCGGCCACCAACCAUUCCGUGGACAGAGAAACAUGGAUGCUCCGGCUCAUGGACACUGGCCGCGAGGGCGAUAUCUUGCACCAAAUGAACGAUGCGUGGACGGACCCGGGUGCGAUGAGCGAGCCCGUGCUAGCAAUUGGCGACAUGAAAGGCGAUGAGAGCGGAUUGCCUAGCAAUGUUUUCGCCUACGAGACUGACAUGAGCCCGGACCAGCGUCGCGAAGCAAUCGAAUUGUGGCUCACGCUUGUUCGAGAGGCAGUUGGCUUCGCCAUGGGCGCGCAGAUGAUGGACCACGCCUAUACUCUCUCGUGUUUGGGUGGAGAGUUACUGAUUGCCAAGCAGACUUCCAAGGACCUGGCACUGAGCACUCUGAAGUUCGUGCGGAAUCGCCUGGCUGAGGUUCAAGCGACUAUGCUGAGUCUCGACCGGAUAAUGCUGCCAGUGCUGGCAAAGGGCAAGAUGAAAAAUUCAGAGAACUACAUUUGGAACAACGUGGCAUUUUCCAACUGGGCCCGGAAUUACGAAUACGCUAAGACCCACUGCGCACCUGGGAUACUGUCACACGCCCAUGAAGCCCGUGCCACCAUCGUCGAGUUGGAGUCGGAAAUUCAGGAUUUGGAUGUGGCACAUGUGGAAAAGAAGAUUGGAGAUGUGGGGAAGUCUCUCAUCUCCUUGUGCAAAAGUUCUUGCAAACUCUUCAACGAGCACGACGCAUUGCCGGCAAUGGAUGAACCACUUCUUCCCAACAUGCAGCUUCUGCCUGAUGUGCCUGAUAGCCUCAAAAGCAUCGAGAAGCAGCUGCAAUCAGAGAAGAAAUGCAUUGAAUCUGGCAGUUCCUUGAGCAGCGUGGGAUACCUCUCCGGAUCUAGUUGGAUAGCAAUGCUGCCAUCCAAAAUGGAAUUUGCCAAAUUCAUUAUGAAGGUCACGCUUGAGAGACCUGUCGAUGAUGAGCUGGUUGACGACAUCCACAGUGACAUCCAAGUUGUUGAGUUCUGGAAAAGGAUGGGCUUCGAAGACAUUGCUGAGGUGGUGCAGCUCCGCAGCGGUGGGGAGCCAGUGCUGGGUGUCAGCUGCACGGGGCUGGAGGCGCUCUGCGGGCGGCGCCACGCGGAGCUCCUGCGGCAGCUGCCGCUGGACGACAAGGCGCAGCGGGCAUCCCUCAGUGGCGAGGUGCGAAUAGCUCGAGAGAAACUUGGAGGUGCUUUGCGCGCUUGUCUCAAAGAGUUAGAGCAGGAUCUUGGACAACGGAUUCCUCCCGGUCAUGCGCAAAUCUUGACACGUGACCUGGCGUUGGAGUUGGACAUGGGGGAGAAACAACAGGAGCUGCAGGUUUGCUCCAUGGGAUUUCCUUCAAAAGAGGGGGCAAUCGUCACGAUGGUUCGACUUCAAGUGACGUUGAAUGUGACUGGGCGCUGUUGUGUGAAUUCCAAGCUCAGAUGGGACGCAGAUCUACAUGUUUUGGUGUUGCCAUCUCUAAAGGAGGUAGUGGCAAAAGUUGCUGAGAUGUCGAAGGACAUCUUGGAUGAUACAAAGCAAAAUGAAUUUGUAGACGAACUUUACAGGUUUGUUUCUGCAGGGACUGAACUUUUUCAAAAGAGAUUCAGCCCAGCUCGUUAUCCUGAAGUUCAGCAGUGGCUUCAGAAAGGGUACCAGGUCACAGAAGUUGUUGGUACUCCAGUGAACAGCGAAAGUUGUGCCAUCUCAUGA